AGCACGUGCAGCGAGCGCGGAAGUGGGGCGCAGGGAGCUGGCGGGGCGGGGCGGGUGCCGCUGGGCAGGAAUCUCGGCUUUGCCGGGGAGCAGCGCGCCCCGAAAGAGGGCCCGAACCCGACGCGGGAUGGAGAGCUUCCUGAAGCUGCUGAGGGAGAGUGGGGGCACUGGGCCACCCUUGGCAGAGCUGGUGACUCUUGCAGGCAGGCUGUGCCGGGACCUCCAGGAUGACCCAGCCCAGGUGCAGCCCUUGGUCACCGCCGUGUUGGACAGCCCUCUCCGCCUACACCUCCUGGACAACGCGGAUGUGGCCCUUGUGUGUGCCCGGGUGCUGGCCCGGCAGGAGCAGCUUCAGGCUGCCUGCCGGGUCCUGGAGGGUUGCCAGGUGCCUGGAGGCAGCCAGGAGCUGGUACAGCUCUGGAACGACAUUCACUACCGCCUGGUCAUGAAGCGGCUGGGCGUGGCCGUGCUAACCCCAGUGCAGAAGUUCCGCUGCAGAAAGAGGAACCCACCGCCCCCCUCCCUCUGCCCGGAUGGCCUGAAGAGCCGGAACUUUCCCAGAGAGGUUCGCCAGAAGCUGCACGACUUUGCCUCUGGCGUGAGCACCAACCCCAGCAAGGCCGAGAGGGAGAACCUGGCCCUGGAGACGAACCUGACUGUUGAGCAAGUGUACAACUGGUUCGCCAAUUACCGGCGGCGCCAAAGGGCCCUUCUUCAGCGCCUGCAGUCAGCCCCGGAGGACACAGUAGAGGAGCCCAGUGUGAGGGAAAGGGCUCCGGACCCCCCGCAGCCCUCAGGCCACCCCCGCCUUGUCCCUGGGGGUGUGGACAGGCCUCAGUGGCCAGCAGGACAGGAGGAAAAUGGGCCUGCACAGUCCAGGGAGACCACUCAAGGGCCAUGGGAGUCGCCGGCCCUGGCCCCAGACUUUUCUGGAGAUGAGACUCUGCCGAAGCCACUGCCUCCCAGGUCUCUGCAGGGCGGUGAGAUGUACCAGGAGGGGCCUGGCCACAGUCCUGCCACUCUCCCUCACAUCUGCCCAGGCCCUGGCCUCUGCCCUCUGACUGCUGGCAAUGACAUGCUGGACCCUUCUCUGGCUGCCCCUGAGUCAUGGCUGAUGUCCCUUGCACUGGCGUCCUCCAAGGAAGUUUCCUUCCAGACUGGGCUGGACCUCAUGAUGCGCCCUGCAGAUGCCACUGUGGCUGUGUCCAUCACUGCCCUCGGUGAGCCCAGUGCCACAGUGAAAAAUAAAUGUUCCUGGUUCACAACUGCAACAGCACAGAAGGGCGGCUGUUCUUCAUCCUGGAGCUUCCCUGCAGAACCAAGCAUACGUAUAUAUAUUCCAGCACAAAUGGGCUCAUCCUACAAGGAUGCUUUGAAGGUCCAAGAAGCACUAUCCACUCCACGGGUGAGACCAGAAGGAGACCCGAAGUUCUGAACGUCAGCAUGUGAGUCAGUGAUGCAGCUUGUCACAGGACGUCAGCGUUCAGAGAAAGCAGCAGGUCCAUUUGGCACAGUGUCAUCUUCAUGUCAGGACUGGAGGUAAAACUUCUCGUGAACCCCAAACCUCCUGGGCUUUCCUCUUUUCUCUAGUUGAGCCACGAAGUAAAAGUUCAGUAGCUGUCAGCAUUCUCCAUUUGGUGCAGGAGUUACUUAAUUUCCCUGCAGGUAAAACAUUGCAGGGGAUCCCAUUUUCUCUGUUCAUUCAAUGCUUACAAAAUAUAUUCUGAUCAUCUGUUUCCUAGAAAUAACUUUUAUUAGAAAGGGAAGGGGAAAUUUACUCUUUGUGUGUUUUUAACAUAUCAUUUGUUCCUUCAUCUAAUAACAUUUAUUCAUUUGGGCCUAGGAUAUGGUUGAGUGGCCAGCAUUUAGAGUUAGUUGGCUUUUUAUCGUCAGAUACAGACUUGGAUGAUGUCAUUUGUCAAAGGUGAUGUUUCAUAAUUGAUUAGUCUUUUCAUCAGAAGAGUUACAAUUAGGGUUGAGGGAAAAUUCAAAAUUAUUCAAAGCACCCUUGUACUGUUUAAAAGUUGAGCUUGACUUUCUAGUUUUACUAAAUGUAUCAUCUAGCUAUAUUUUUUAAAAGAUUUUAUUUAUUUAUUUGACAGAGACACAGUGAGAGACACAGCGA